CGCAGAGAAGAAGGAAGGGGCGGGGCGGAGGCGGGCGGAGGACCCCGCGGGUGGCUGUGCCCGGCCAGGGCGGACCUUCGAGGGCGCCUCACACCCGGGGACUGAUGCCCUUGGCCAUGAGGCACCCCCAGCUGCUAUCUGCUCGGGCACAGCCUGUGUGACUGGGCCAUCGCUGCUCCUGCUGUCUCCUGUCACCGUUCCCUUUACUGAACAGUUUGAUGGGGCAUCGGGCGGAUGACAGCGGGAACGGUUGUGAUCACGGGCGGAAUCCUAGCGACGGUCAUCCUGCUCUGCAUCAUUGCUGUCCUGUGCUACUGCAGGCUCCAGUAUUACUGCUGUAAGAAGAGCGGAGCGGAGGAUGCAGAUGAAGAGGAAGAGGACCACGGCCUGGCCACACCCCCCAGAGGCCCUCCCUGCAAUGCCUGCAUCUCCCAAGCCCUGGAUGGCCCAGGCAGCCUGGUGCCCCUCACCAGAGAGCCCUGCGGAGUGGCCGCCGGCCACUGCACCACCUGCUCCCCAUACAGCUCCCCCUUUUACAUACGGACGGCUGACAUGGUGCCCAAUGGGGGUGGAGGUGAGAGGCUCACCUUCGUUCCCACAUACUACAAGGAGGGGGGACCCCCGUCCCUCAAAUUGGCAGCGCCCCAGAGUUACCCGGUGACGUGGCCAGGCUCUGGGCAUGAGGCCUACACCAAUCCAAGGGCUAUUAGCACAGAUGUGUAACCACUUUCUCCCGCCCCCACGUCCCCCACACACCAAUGCUGCUGCCACAGCAGGAGCAACAGGGGCAGCGAUGGCUGCCCAUCCAGCAGCCCACAGGACCCUCUCUGUCUCCGUUUCACGGGACCCUCUCUGUCUCAGUUUCUCUGACUUCUUGCCCUACAAUGGAGAGUUCACUGGGAUUGCAGCUGUUGGUGCCCUGAGGACCAGGGCAGGUCCUGGCGCCAGGCCCAUGGUAGAGGGGGUGCUGACUGGUCGAGUUGGCAGCAUUGCCAGUUUCUCAGUUGGGACACCCCUCUGGCCUACCCAACACCUGUCUCACCCCCCCACAUCCUGCCCCCCCCAAAAAAAAACUUUGCCAGAUUGUGAGAGGGGGAGCAUCAGGGAAAGCUAAGCAAAGGCUCUGGAGGCAGCCAGAGUCCCUGGGGAAGAAAGAAAAGAGGAGAACAAGGACGCAAGAGAGGCGGGAACCAAGCCACUACAAAUUUAGAAAGGGGCAGGGGUGUUAGGGAGCCUCUUCCCGACUGGAGGCUAAAACGAAUCUAAGAGCUAGUUCCCAGCCAAGCUUGGUCUGGAAGUUAGCAGAGCCAGGAGUCUCUGCUGCUCCCGUAUGAAUAUGGGUUCCUGAACACAAGGUGUUGGCCCCCUCCUGUGCAACACCUCGAGGGGAGCUUUCAGCCUGUGCCUAGGGCUAUCUGUGAGGACUGCACCAAAAAGUGACUGUUUAAGUCUUGUCUCUCCCCAAAUCCUCAUUCUCAGCCCUAUGAACCAGCUGCCCCUGCUGGAGAAAUUUUUUCAAGUUCUGAUCCUCAAGUUCCAGUAGCUUAGGAAUGAGACCCUGCCCAUGGGUUCUGGGCCCGGUCCAGCAGCAUGCCCAGGGGGAUGCGAUCCUGUGUAGGCAGGUGUGUGCUGUCAGGAGCACAGGCUUAGCCACCUCCAGGAGCUGUGGAGUGAAAGGGUCUCUGAUAGACCAGCUAGGAAGAACAAUCCGAAUCCCAAAGAGAAUAAGUGUAAAGGUGAUUAAGGUGGUCAGUCCCACAGCAGCCAGCUGGCUGGCACGGGAAGAGCCAGCAGGAUUCCCAUGGGACCAUGUUGCAGCCCUGGAAGCCCCGGAAGCCCCUCUAGUGGCCCAGCUCCCCCCUUGGGCAACAACCAUGAUGCCAUUGGGCCGGAUGUUUAUUCCUCAGAGAUGGCAGCCCUUGUGCCUGAGGAUGGGAGGGGCUUGACUUAGCAAUUGGACCCAGACUCGCUGCCCUCCCUCCAUUGCCCCAACCCCAGUCUCUAGGUGCGCUUCCACCAGCCCAAGUCCCGUUCCCACGUCCCACUUAUACCUCAGUUGUGGCCUUAUGCUAUUUCAGUGAAUGCAUCUGCUGAGAGUCCCAGUUGUCUCUGCUGUAAGGGAUUGCAGCCUCCGUCUAGAAGCACACCUACCCUCUCCCCUUCCCCUGUCACUGAGUGCUGCAGAGGCAGGCAGGGCAGGCAAGGAGCUGGCCCAGAAUGUUGAUUUUGCAUUUUAGGGAGGGCAGGGUGCUACUGGGGGAGGAAGAGAGAAUUCACUACAGCUUUUGCUUCAUCCUGUGGGGCACCUGUCACCUUGUAUUGUGCUCUAUGAUUAGGACACUGCGGGGUUGGGAAUCAGCAGACCUUGGUCACACUUUGGGUCACUCCUUAGCUCUAGGAACUUCCACUUAAUCUUCUCUGAAGGCUUCGUUUUCACCAAGGAAAUGAGACCUCCUGGGAUGGACAUAAGGACCCUUGAGAACUCCCCAAAGCCCGGACUUCCUGAGAGAUUGGGCAGCCACUGUCUGUGUCUCUGUGUCCUAACCCUGACAGGAGCUGGCUGCACUCGCCAGCAGUCCCAUCCUGUGUGCAGGGGUGUGUGUUGAGAGGUGAGGGAUUAGCAGACAAGCUAUUUUAGUUGUCAGUGAAAAGCAAACAUGUUUGUCUGACCCUGCUACAGAGUGACCUCAAGGGGUCACAUUCCUCUUGUCCCAGGAGACAAUUCUAGGUGGAGGUAAUAAGAUCUCCCUUCCAGGCCAGAGGGAUCCACUAGGACAGGUGUAUUAACUGAGUCCUUCCCACUGCCGGCCCUGACUGGGCCAAGCACCUUGACAUGAACAGCUGGGCUGGCAGUUGUCCUUGCUUCCUGACCAACCCCAGGGCCUUGCUGCUCUGGAAUUCCACAUCCACUAACUACAACAGUGGCUGCCCCUCUUCACCAAGAAAUAACCAUGUCCUCUUAAUCUCCUGCGUUUGAGAAACCAAGACAACCCUGUUAACUCUCACCCUCUCUUGCCCCUGACCUAUGAAGAUCACUGAGUACAAAGCAUCUGUGCAGUCCAGCUCUUCCUCUAGCUUCCCCAGCUUACAUCCUGUCACCCCACAAAGCAAACUCUGGGUGUGGGACAUUGUGGAGUUGGUGGGCCACGGUUCCCCCACACAUUGCUAAGGGUGCAGGGUCAAGCUUGCCUGCCUGCCUGUUGCUGUGCUGGCCUAAUCCGCAGGAGAGGAAGCUCGCCCCACUCAACUGUGCUGCACUUUUCCGUGGAGUCUGACCUCGGGGACACUAUCUGGACACUUCAAACUGCACUCUAAACAGGAAGACAAGGGUAGGCCAGGAGCACCCUGUCCUAACCAACCUCUGUCUCCAUCCCCAUGUCACUGUUCCUGCUACGGAUCUCAUAUCCUGCAUCUUUGAUAACUUGGAGUCACAAGUGAAUGUCAUAAUAAACGAGGAAUUUGAA